CUGACUUGAAACGCAACAGUCGCGUGUGCGCGGUGAAAGAAAAUAAGCGAAAAGUGAGAAUUAGUGAAACGCAGAAUUAACUUCACAAAGUGACUUGCCUUGAACUUGGAUUGGUGUUAACUAUUAAUUUUGGUUUGGAAGAAGCGCACUGGGUAGUAGCAGCCGAAGUGGUAAUAGUGGCAGUGUCGUAAACCUGGUUUCAACCAAGCUAAAAACUAGUUAUCGAGUGAGUGCAUUUUGCGCUUGCGUGUGUGUUUGUGUGAAUGUGCGCGUGUAUGUCGCUGAACGAGUCGCGCUGCUACAAUUCGAUCGGUCGAAAGUGAUCGCUCUGAUUUCGCUUUUAAAUAACUCGCAUGCUACCGCUGUGGCUUCCGGCUUGGUUGGGGACUUCGUGCAACAUUCUGUACAAAUUGCAAUAUUUUGGAUUGGUGCUUUUCUGCAACCCAAGUUUUGUUUUUAACUACCCAUUUCGUUUUACACUCAAUUUGACUUUCUAAUUAAGCAUGCCAAUAGUCAUCAGUGAAAUUACGUGCCGAUAGGUAAUUGUUUUCGGCGCGUCGAUGAAUACGGUGCAGAUUUUAAGUAGAUAACAAAGAAAAACUAAUUUGACAAAAAAGAGCAUUCGAAAGGUUACUAUACUUUUUUUAUUGUACCUACUUAUUUACCAUUACUGGAAUAUUGCAAAAGCACAAAACUACAAGGAAUUUCGAAGAAGAAAGUGAAACAUCGAAAAGGAAGUGGGUACAAAUUGACUUAAUAUAAUCUGACAACGAAUUCCCAGAAGCAAUUUUUUCAAAGGGAACGCCAAAGUGAAAACGGAUUCAUACAAACACCCCCGUUUGAAUAAUAAACUACAACUUAACAAACCCUGAAUGAAAUAAAAGAAGACAACGAACUUAAUUUCAUGGCAAAAUCUCUGUGGGAUGAGGGGAAUAAUAUGCACCUGGCUACAAAACAGAUGAGCUAUACUGACAAAAGAGCAACUAAAUUUGCAGGUGUAGAGAUUUGUCAACAAACACAAGUAAACAAUGUACUAACAACAAAACAGGCAAAAAUUGCGAUGCAAACAAAGGAACAGCAACUAAGAAUGAAAGCGAAAAUGGGUGAAAGUUCAACGAAAAUAUGUCGCGUUGCUCAAAAAACGAGAAUACCAACGCUGUUAGCUACGAACAGAGCAAUCGUUAGGAUAAGCAAACAGAAGGUACAAAAUACCCAUCCCAACCACGAUGUCAAAUGUCUGGCAAACAGAGCAGCAUGCCAUGCUUGCCUCAGCAUCAACGCCACUUGCUGUGCUACUUUCCUCUACACAAUCUACAAUACCAUAUCCAGAAUACCAUGGAUUUUUCUGCUGCUCUCAGUACUGGCAUUCCACAUUUGUCAGAGCGGCGUAAUAGCUUACAAGCCGGCAGCGAGAACAAUGGAACUCCAGCGUGCAAUAAUCGACCCACACCAUAGAGCGUUACGAGCGACGCAAUACAGCCAACUGUUAUCCACCGAUGGACAAUGGGCGGGAAAUGAUAAUAACAAUAGUUUCCGGCCGAUUAUCCCCAAGGACAUUAGUCCAGAAAUUAUUGCACAGAAUGUCUUUACCCAUACGGGCCAGUAUCGUGUUUUCCAGCCGGCAACCAGCGAUCUACGCAUAGCCGUGGCAAUGGAGCAGAAUGCAAAAAAUGUUGUUGAUUUUGAAGCAAAUACGGGUAGCAUGGCUUCAAUGGAAGCUCAAACAAAUACAACUACGGGGAGUGGUAUGAACAACGAAAAUAAGCUCGGAACGAAAAACCCCACGACUGAACAAAAAACAAUGGCAGAGGCAAAGGUCACAAAGUUAAUGACGCAAAAAAAAGAUGGCAAGCAAAAAGAAGUGGCAGCUCCACCGAUGACAACCCUCGGCAAUACAAAAUGGCAAAGCGAAUACGCAGAACAUUCUACACAAAUCAGGUUAUCCGAAAAGGCACUUGAUGCACAUGAAGGUAAAGCAUUGCCAUUUACCUCUGCAUUAAGCCAAUUAGCAGCAGAACAAAGAAAACUUACAAAUAGCAACAAAGUACAAACCCCGGUAGCAGCAACGUUUCCAGAUGCGGCCCAAAAUAUAGUCAAUGAUGAUAUUAAGGAAUUAGAAGCUUUGCUGGUCGAGUAUGCAGAGAGUUUCUUCAACAAAGCAGAGUACGAACCAUCCAGCGAAUUGGUUAAUGCGCUUCAAAAGAAUCUUACCACCGCCGACGGUUUCACGCUAAUAGCAGAGCAACACAAGAAGCGUCCAAUUCGGCAUGCUAGCGCCAACCCGCAUCAUCAUCACCACCAUAAUCAUCUGCAUCAUCACCGAAAUCUCCUUUUCGAGGGAAUUAAGCGCAAAGCUGACGGCGAUCAGAGCGUUAACAUUCCUCGAGCUGUGGAAUCGGGACGACUACUUUUUUUUACAGGUUUGAAAAAGGCGCUCUGGCCCAUUUUCAUGGGCUUGCAAGUAUUAAAAUCGCUGCUGUUCGCAUUGUUCUUGCCCACAUUAAUUGGCUCGUUUGGUAAACUUCUUGGUAAAGGUAUUGUCUCUGGUUCGGCACCACUUUUCAUACGCCCACCAGACACACCACAAGAACUUGAUUUCCGCGACAAUGCAAUCAAUUUCGAUGACGAAAAAUUUGCUAUGGUCGAUGAGAAUAACAAAGAGGAUGGCUACGCCUACAAUCAAGCAGCGGCCUCUCAAACACACUAUACCUACAAUGCCGCCGACAUAAAUCGCAUUGAACAGCAGAAUAAAAUGCCAGAUACGUAUUUGAGUGCAUUGCAAACCAUCGGCUCGGCAUCAUUUAAAAACUCUGGUUCGCUUUCGGGCAGCUUGUCUGGUGGUGGCCUAGGUGGUGGCGCCGGUCUUGGUGCACCGUUACGUACAAAACCAAUUGCACCAGCCAACACCAACACUUUUCAAACAUUCCAAAAAGUACCAGCCUCUUCGCUGUUGCUCUCCAACUAUGAUCCUUUCUACAGUCCGCUUUUGUCGCGUUUGGAUUCAGUAUUUGCGCAGUUGAAAUUAAAUUCGGACAAUGAGAAUUGUCGCGAAAAGUUGAUUUGCUUAAUGUAUGCGAAUCCAGCAAAAUAUGCGCCAUACAGUAAUUUGGUUUCGGCGCAGUUGUCGCGCGAAUUGAAUGAACUACGCAAACCAACAUCCGAUAAUCCAGAUAUUCUACGUUUUUUCAAGUACAUGCGUGCUGCUAAGGAUGGUCAGGAUGGUGUAGAUUGUGAGAAAUCAUUUGAUCAAUGUACAGAAUUUAAGGAUUUCGAGAAUCCUGCAAUGGUUUCAACAUAUCAUGAUAUUAACAAAUUGGUGCAGGCCCGCAAGUUGGCGUAGAACGUUUAGAGUAGAAAGUAUACAAAAAACAUUUAUAUAUGUAGCAUACAAGCCUUAUGUAAAUUAAAGUGUUAAGUGAGUUAAAGUGGGUGAAAGACCUUUAAUCGUUUUGAAGUCAACUGCUGAGCGCACAGGAUAAGCGACUCAUUUAUGUUUGUAGAUAUAUUUUUUUUUUGUGUUUAGUCAAAAGUAAAUUAGAAACUUAUACUUAUAUGUAGCCAUUUACUUAUGCGAAAUGCAGUUUAUACUUAAGUUUUGUAAAUAAAUUUAAGUAAUGUAUGUAUGUAUGUUAAGUGAUACGCAGAUUUAGUUAGACAUUAUUAUUUAUUGUAAAAAUACUUCUACUCGACUGUGCAAACUUUGAGAGAACUUGUAAACGAAAAUUAUGUUAUUUUAUUGCCUAUGGAAAUUGAAAAAAGAACACAGCUUCUCCUGUCAAUGGACAAAUAUAAUGGCUAAGCACUUAAGCAACGCAGCGAGCAUUUUAAU